AUGACGUGGAAUCCGAGGAAAAAAUGUUUUUUGACACAACGACCAACUUCAGCUCAUCCUCUUUUAACACCUGCUGAAGAUAGAGAUUUAGAUGUGGCCGUUCAACAAUUAAUACAUGUGGAAUCUUCAACAUUAAAAUUGAUGAAACAAACGAAACUAUAUCUGGAGGCAAUAUGCAAUCUUGACAAGGCUGAUCAAAAACUUACUACCAAUCUAAGUACAUCUGGACUUGUUUAUUUGAGUGACAAUUUUCGUCAAAUUGUCGAAGAUUAUCAUUCUGUAACGAAUCAAGUUGGCAAAGCUGUGCAAGAAAUGGUUAAUCUAACUCAAAAAACAUUUUUAGAACCAUUGAAAAAACUUCGUGACAAGUUUUCAUUGGUGGCAGAAGCUCUGGUAAAACGAGAAGAACUUCUUACUGUUUGGAAAACAUCAUACAAUCGUUUAAAAAAACUUCAAGAAAAAAAAGAUAAAACUGCAAAUCACGUUGCAAAAUUAGAGAGAGAAAAACGAGCAGAAGAUAUUGCAGCAAAAGAACUUAAGGCUGUUCAUUUAAAACUAUUGUCUGAUUUUCCUUGGUUUUUAGAAAAACGACUUGAGUAUGUUAAACCAAGUGUUCAUGCAUUGAUUAUGAUUCAAUGA